AUAUCACAGGCCAUUUAACCUUCGAGACUCAAAAUAAAGAAAAACAAAUAAAAAAAGCAACAGACCACCUUUGUAAGGAGCCAAUCGCGUCGAGCCUUUGGAUGGCCACGAAUAACCGGCCAACCGUCAUGGAGAACCAGGUGCCGGUUCCCUCACCGAGAGGCGACGACGUCUACCUUCUUGGACCCACCGAGCAACAUUGCUCGCGAGACCCCCUUCUCCUAUAAAACCCACCACCGCUUCGUUUCAACGCCAACCCAAGUCCUAGAGACCCCUGACAACAAUUCCUCCCCAGAAUAAAAGGAAAGCCCCCCAAAUGUGCUCUUCCGAUCGAUACCCUAGCCGCGGUGAUGCGGUCGCCGGGCCGGCGGCGGACAUCCGGCCGGCCUUCGACGUCCUUGACGCCGACCGCGAUGGCAGGAUCAGCCAAGACGACCUCAAGGCCUUCUACUCCUCCAACUUUGCCGCCUCCGCACCCAGCGAGGACGACAUCGGCUCCAUGAUCUCCGCCGCCGACGCCGACCGCGACGGGUUCGUGGACUUCGACGAGUUCCAGCGCAUGCUCGGCAGCGGGAGCGUCUCCGGCGGAGCCGGGUCGGUGAUGGAGGAGGCGUUCCGGGUGAUGGAUCGGGACGGGGACGGGAAGGUGGGGUUCGAGGACCUGAAGGCGUUCUUGGGGUCGGCGGGUAUCCCCGCCGGGGACGAGGAGAUCAAGGCGAUGAUCCGGAUGGGCGGCGGCGAGACGGCCGAUGGUGUGAGCUUCGACGCCCUUGUGAAUAUCCUGGCCGUCGAUUCCGACCGCUCCAGGAAUUGAAUUGAAUGCAGUCGCGGGGGUGCCGUGACUCCCCCAACUAACUGCUGUCAUGAUGCGACUUUUGCCUUUUGGACGGUUCUGAUUAACUUGGUUGGUCGGUACGUAUCGGUUCCAUGAAAUAACUGUAUUGUUUAUUUUGGUAAAAGGUAAAAUUUUCUGAA